AUGCAUUUGAAAAAAAUUAUCCAAAAAGCUUUCAACGUCGAAGGACUUGUACCGAACAAAAAACUGAAGGUGUACAGAUGCCAUUAUUGUGGUAAAAAUUAUGCAUACCACGUCACACGUAUGGCACAGCACCUGAAAUUUUCUUGUGUGAACUGCCCUACGUCGAUUAAAAACAUCCUGAAAAGUAAGAGCUCCGGAGGUUCAAGAAAGAAAUCAAAAAGAAGACGCACUUCAAUAAGUUCCUCCGAUAGUGAACCGACAACAGAUGCCUUUCCAGAGUCUGAUGUUGAUGUUGAUUCUAUAACGACAACUAUGAAUACCAAUGGUGAUGAUAUUCAAAACACUUCUGAUGGUCAUGCGCCUAGUGCACCUGUCUCUCAAAUAAAAGUGAUAACGCAGCAAGAAAAAAAUGUAAAGCGGUCAAACAUGACCAGAUUCUGCGACAAAAUGUCGAAACAUGAAGAACAACGUCUUCAUCAACUCUUCGCUACUGCAAUUUAUGCUUUAGGAACCCCUCUGAGAAUAACCGACAGUGUAUUCUGGCAAGAUUUUUUCAAAGUUUUGCGUCCGUCGUACAAUUUCCCGUCGAGAUAUGAAAUUUCGAACUCUUUAUUGGAUGAAUCGUACAAUAAAGUAAAAGGAGAAGUGGAUGAAAAAGUUCAAUCCGCCAAUUUCGUUGGAUUACAGUGUGACGGAUGGUCAAACCUCAGAAACGAAGGGAUUAUCAACUUCAUUGUUACGACUCCAGAACCAGUUUUUUUUAAAACAAUUACAACGACGACUAAUUCUCAGACUGCUGAAUACAUUGCUAAGCAAAUAAGCGAAGUCAUUGAUGCCAUCGGUCCCACUAAGUUACUUGGAGUCUGUACGGAUAAUGCAGCGUCAAUGAAAUGUGCUUGGCGAAUACUUCAAGACCAGUAUCACGAAGAUAAAAUUACUUUCUACGGAUGCUCUGCUCACAUUUUAAAUCUAUUGAUUAAAGAUGCGAUGUCUCUACCGUCAAUUGACAAAGUCUCCAAAAAUGCAACGAUGAUUGUCAAAGAAAUUAAAGACAAGCACUUGUUGACGGUCAAAAUAUUGACUUUGCUGAAACCCAUUGGAAAAUGGAUCACUACACUGGAGGGAGACAAUCCCAAACUAAGUCUAGUUCCUGAAGCAUUUCACGAGCUGAAGACUCACUUUGUUAACGAGCUUGAAAAAUCUGAUCUACGUAUAUUGUCACUUUCUGAGACAGUUCAACUGUCUACUUCAUACGACAAACGACGAAGUAUGGCGAUUAAUCGCAUUCAUUUCGCUGCAAAUAUUCUCGAUCCGUCUUUGAAGGGGCGUAAUCUGAACGACGAGGAUUCGGUGAAUGGGACAGCUCUCAUAUUCGAACUGGCGAAUAAAUUCAAAUGCAAUGAAGAUAAACUUUUCGAAGAAUUAACAGAAUUUACAACGAAUACGGGAAUUUGGAGUCAUGAUCACGUACGUCGAGCUGUUAGUGUAACUUCCGUACAAAAAUGGUGGAAGGCCAUGUGUGGCACAACGAACCUCAGCAAAAUUGCUGUCGCUAUACUUAAUUUACCGGCAACGUCAGCUGCAACGGAACGAUCGUUCAGCACUUUUGGGUGGAUCCACUCUUCAAAACGGAACCGACUUUCAAACAAACGCGCUGGAAUGAUAACUUAUAUUGCUCACAAUUUAAAACUUCUGCGUCCAAAAAAUGAGAAAAAAAUCGACAACGAACGUGAAGAAAAUGUAUCGGACAUCGACGACGAGUCUUCUUAUUCCGGAACCAAUUUGGAAUUACGAGAAGAAGAAGAAGAAGAGGAUGCUGUUUGUUAA